AUGAAUAACAAUAGCAAUAAUAAUAAUAACUAUAUUAAUCAAAUAACAGAAACAAAAUGUUCAGAACAUGAAAAAGAGUUUGAAUAUUUAUGUUUCAUUUGUAAUAGUAUUUUGUGUUCAAAAUGUUUCUUUAAUCAUUACAAAUCUAACAAAGAUCAUGAUGUUGAAUCGAUCGAUGAAAUAAAAAAGAAUUUAAACAAUCUAAGCAAUAAUAAUGAUUCAGAUAACUACAUAAAAAAUAGUAUAAAUAAUAAUUUGACAUCGAUUAAUAGAUUAUCAAAUCAAUACACAUCAUUAGGUGGCAAAGUAACAGAGAUAUCCAAUCAUUUCGAGAAACUUCAUAAUUUCCUAAUGGUUGAAGAACAUAGAUUGAAGAAACCUAUCAGUAUAGAUCAAGAUACAGUUAAAGAGGAUUUAGAUAAACAAUUGAAUGAAUUGAAAUCAAUCAUUAAUAUUAUAAACUUUAAUAACAAUAAUAUCAACAAAAAAGAAGUAGAACUUGAUGAUGAUGAUGAUCAAAAUAAAUCGAAAAAAGAAGAUACAACAGAUCUAUAUUCAAUUUCAACAAUAUUUAAAUCAAUAGAACAAUCACAACCAGUAAUAGACUUUAUAGAGAGAAAUUAUGAUACACUCUUUUACUGUAAUAAUAAUAAUAAUAUGAUUGGAGAUCUAACGAAUAAUCUUAAUAACUUUGACACCACCAUUCUAAAGUUAAUAACUUUAUACAAUUCACAAUUUAAAUCAAUAAAGAUAGAUCACUCUAAUAAUGUAAUAGAUAGAUCGGUUAAACAUGAAAUCAUAUUUAAAGAUACCGAUCUAGAACUUAUCAAAGAGAUAUUACAAUCUGUAUCGCUGAAAAAUGAAAAUUUUCAUUCACCCACAACAUCAGCUGAAUCAUGA